GCAGCGCGGGACCGCUCUCCGCCUCCAGCCGCAGAAGGUGUGAACUCCGACCCUGUAACGAGCACAGCUCACAGUAUGGCAGCCAAAGCGCCGCUGUGGGGGUCGUGCCGCCUCGUGCUCGCGUGCUGCGCCUUCGUGUCGCUGCUCAACUGCUUCGUGCAGCGCUUCAACCUGAGCUUCGCCGUGGUGUGCAUGCUGCGGCCCGCCGCCAACAACACCGACACCGACCAGACGGGAGACCUGGCGUGGGACCGGCCGCUGACGGAGCUGCUGCUGAGCGCCUUCUUCUACGGCUACCUGCUGGCGCAGCUGGCCGGCGGGCGGGUGAGCGACGCGCUGGGCGGCCGGCGGCCCUUCGUGCUGGGCAACGCCGCGCAGAGCCUGCUGGCCGCGCUGCUUCCCGCCGCCGCCGCUUGGGGCGCCGCCGCCGUGUUCGCCGUGCGCCUGCUGCAGGGCGUCGCCUGCGGGUUCUUCCUGCCUGCUAUGUUCUCGCUGUUCCGUGUAUGGAUGCUGCCCGAAGAAAGGACAUCGCUACUGGCCUUCGCCUACGUCGGCGUGCCGCUGUCCUUCAUCCUCACAUACCCACUCUCAGGCAUCCUCUGCCACUUCAUGAGCUGGCCGUUCAUCUUCUACGUGACAGGACUGUUCGGCGUGGUGUGCUCGCUGCUGACCUACUUCCUGGUGUUCGACUCGCCCGAGAGCCACCCGCGGAUAUCCCAGGAGGAGCUGGCUGCCCUGCGUGAAGCCGUGCCUCCCCAGCUCACGAAACAGAAGAAGGUGCCGCUGCGGGCCAUGCUGCUGUCGGGGCCCGUGAACGCCAACCACGUGGCCAACUUCUGCUACAACUGGGGCUUCAACACGGUGGCCACAAACCUGCCCAUCUUCCUGAACGAGGUGCUCGAGUUCGACGUGAGGCAGAACGGGCUGUUCUCGGCGCUGCCCUACGCGGGGCUGAUGGUCAUGCGCCUGAUCGUGGCUACCAGCUUCGCUCGCUGCGUGCGCGCGACCGGCCUGGGGCUCACGGUCGUCAGGAAGCUGAACCAUACCAUCGGCGCGGUGGGCGCGGGCGCCUGCAUGCUGGGGCUCGUCGCGCUGCCCUCCGCCUACAAGGUGACGGCUGUGCUGCUGGUGGCGGCCAGCCAGACCGCCGCAGAGCUGUCCUACACUGCGGGCUUCCUCGGCAGCCUGCUGGACCUGGCGCCGGCGCACGCCGGCCUGCUCAGCGGCUGGACCAACGCCGUGGGCGCCGCCACCGGGCUGCUGGCGCCCGGCGUCGUCGGCGCCCUCACCCGGCAGGGCUUGCGGGACGAGUGGAACACAGUGCUGUACAUCACCGCGGGAUUCUACCUGCUGGGGGCCUUGGUGUACCUGGUGUUCGGCAGCAGUGAGCUCCAGCCGUGGGCCGCGCCCGGGGCGGCCAAUUCGGAGCCCGAGGCGGAGCCCCUGCUGACCGCCGACACGACCAAAGCUGUCCCGCCGCAGUCCUCGCAGUCCUCGUGAGCUGCAGGAGAGCCGGGCACAUCCCGGGUUCUACCUGCUGGGGGCCGUGGGCCGUGCCCAGAGCGGUGCACUCGUGGCCCGACCCGGAGCCCCUGAUGACCGCCGACACGACCAGAUCUGUCCCGCCGCAGUCCUCGCAGUCCUCGUGAGCUGCAGGAGAGCCGGGCACAUCCCGGGUUCUACCUGCUGGGGGCCGUGGGCCGUGCCCAGAGCUGUGCACUCGUGGCCCGAGCCGGAGCCCCUGCUCACCGCCGACACAUCUUGCAGUCCUCGUGAGCUUCAUUAGAGUUGAACACCUCCCAGGUUAUACCUGCUUGGGGGGGGGGGGCAUAGUGUACUUCGAGUUCUGCGAAGUGAAUAGGAACACAGGAAGUAGUGAAGAAACAAUUGUGAUUAUUUACAAAUAGUACAAAUCCCAUGCCUUAAGUGAAUUUCUGUAAUAUGAUGUUACGAAAAGAAAUUCAUCAUAUUAUUGUACAAGGAUAAGCACAACACAAGAUUUCUACAAUGUACGAUUCUUAUACAAUAUUUCUUUAGCACCAUUAAACCAAAUUUGUAACCAUC